AUGGCGAGUGCGACAUCCCGUCCUCUGGAGUACCUCGAGGGUCUACCAGGGACGACUUUCUACAAGUUAUACCAGCAGCCAUCAACAGCCCUUGCGAUCUUCCGGCGCAUGCUGCCUGAUCUGGCAAAAUGCUUUGUGAUGGCUUUACUUUAUUUGAAAGACCCGCUUCCAACGGCUGAUCUGGAAGUCUGGGUCAAGUCGGAGAGCAAGAAACAACGGGAUAAUGCACUUUCAAUAUUGGGUCGACUCCACAUUCUAUCUACGACCCUCACAGCCGAAAAUGUCCGCGCCUACAUGGUUACCAACCCCUUCGCCGCUUCGCUGCGACAAGCUCUGAUGGGCGCCGAGGACUCUCAGUCUUUUGGUGUGUUCUCGCAAGCCCCUGAACAUGCCCCCGUUUCAAUCGCCGAGUUGGAUGAAUACGCUAGACGACAGUGGGAGGGUGUUAUGGGGUACAUGGUUGGAACCAGUGCGUUGAGUGGGCAGCGCGACAUGGUCAAUUUGAGCAAGGGUGUCAAACAACUCCUCCAAGCGGGACAUCUCGUUGAAAUCCGAGGGAACCGCGUCGAUAUCACCAAGGAUGGAUUCGGAUUUGUACUGCAGGACGUGAACACCCAGGUCUGGCAUAUCUUAAUUCUGUAUGUCGAGAGCGCCGAGGCCAUUGGCAUGGAUAGCGUCGAGGUGCUCUCGUUCCUGUUCCUUCUAAGCAGUCUGGAGCUUGGAUCGUCCUACGAGAAAGACCAUAUGACACCCAACCAACUUCGCACACUCACGGACCUUGCCGACUUUGGCAUCGUUUACCAGGAAAACGUCGACGCGACGCGCUUCUACCCCACGCGUCUGGCAACGACGCUCACCUCCGACUCCAGCGCUCUGAGCAACCCGGUCACCGGCUCUCUGACCGGGCCAGCCGGAGCGACUGGUGGCUCCGGUUCUGGAUUCAUCAUCAUCGAAACGAACUACCGACUCUACGCCUACACCUCAUCACCUCUUCAAAUCUCCCUCAUCUCCCUCUUCACGAACCUCAAAUACCGCUUCCCGAAUUUGGUCACCGGAAAAAUCACCAGACAGUCUGUCCGUCGAGCCAUCGAGAUGGGAAUUACAGCCGAGCAAAUCAUCUCGUACCUGUUAUCGCACGCACACCCACAACUGCGCAAGCACAGCGCCGCCCAAUCCAACAACAAGGGUCUCCCCGCCUCUGUGCUCCCGCCCACCGUCACAGAUCAGAUCCGUCUGUGGCAACUGGAACGCGACCGGCUCCGGGCCACGGCGGGCUUUUUGUUCAAGGACUUCACCAGCUUGGCGGAGUAUCAGGCUCCUUGUCAGUAUGCGGCGGAGAUCGGCGUGCUGGUUUGGAAGUCGGAUCGAAAGCGGAUGUUCUUUGUCACGAGGCACGAGCAGGUUGCUGCGUUUCUGCGGAGUCAAAAAGCUGGAACUAAGUGA